CCUCCCCGAAACCCUCGUCAGCGGCCAUGACAACGCCCCUCGGCGUCUUCCCGCCGCCUCCGAAGCCGCCGCCGGAAGCGCCGCCCGCGCGAAGGGCAGCACUUCCAGGUCAAAGGGCGCGCAAGAUGGCGGCGCCCAUGGAGCUCUACUGCUGGGCCGGAGGUUGGGGGCUGCCCUCCGUGGAUCUGGACUGCCUGGCCGUGCUGGCCUAUGCCAGAUUUACUGGUGCCCCACUCAAGGUGCACAAGAUCACCAACCCCUGGCGAAGCCCUUCAGGAACUCUGCCUGCUCUUCGAACUACUCAGGGACAAAUCAUCUCAGUACCAUGCAGGAUCAUCAGCCAAUUUCGGAAAGAGAAGUUCAACGCUGAUUACAAUCUGUCAGCGCGGGAGGGGGCAGACACCUUGGCCUUCCAGUCUCUGCUGGAAGAGAAGCUGCUCCCAGUGCUGAUACAUACUUUUUGGGUGGAUGCCAAGAACUACGUGGAAGUAACACGGAAAUGGUAUGCAGAGGCAAUGCCUUUUCCCCUCAACUUCUUCCUGCCUGGCCGCAUGCAGCGGCAGUACAUAGAGCGACUACAGCUGCUGUGUGGGGAGCACAGGCCUGAGGAGGAAGAGCAACUUGAGAAGGAGCUGUACCAGGAGGCUCGGGAAUGCCUCACCCUUCUCUCUCAGCGCCUGGGCUCGCAGAAAUUCUUCUUUGGAGACAGCCCGACCUCCCUGGAUGCCUUUGUCUUCAGCUACUUGGCCCUGAUCCUGCAGGCUAAGCUGCCCAGUGGCAAGCUACAGGUCCAUGUGCGGGCACUGCCCAACCUCUGCGCUUACUGUACCCACAUCCUCAGCCUCUACUUCCCCUGGGAUGGAGCUGAAGCACCACCUCCACGCCACCCACCCAUGUGCCCAGAGACCGAGGAGGAACCAUACCGACGCCGGACUCAGAUCCUGUCAGUACUAGCCGGGCUGGCGGCCAUGGUAGGCUAUGCCUUGCUCAGUGGCAUCGUCUCUAUCCAGCGGGCCUCAGUGGCCCGGGCCCCCAGCACUCGGGCCCUAGGAAUCACCGAGGAGGACGAAGAGGAAUGAUGAUAUGUUUUUGUUUCCCCUCCCCACCACUGGUUUUUCUACUGCCAUGCAUUCCAGCGUCCCUCUUGUUCUUCCAUUGUUGAUACAGCCAAACACUGGUGACAUCCCCACAAUAAAUCUACUUCCACUGACCAGCUCCCAGGCUGUCAUCCUGGCUAGGG